AUGGAGAUCAACACCCAGAUGAAAGAAAGACCACCGGUUGACAAGCUGUUCAAGAGAAUUCAGGACCUAGAAGACGGCCAUGCUAGCCUAAAACAAAAGAUGUUGAACCUCAUGACCUCUGGUGACCGGCAUUGUCCGGCAUUGAUGAGAGGAACUCAUAGUGUUGGUGUUGAUGAUAGUAAUGAUGACGAUAGUAACAGUUCCUUUAAGCACGAUGGAGCUGUCUCGGGUGGUGGCAGAGUGACUCUGUAUUCAGCUGUCAAGCUAACAGAAGCUCAGUAUUUCAAUAUAUUGCAGUCAAUUGAUGAGCCAAUCCAUAUAGCCAAUGCCAACGCUCGCGUAAUCUACAGAAACCGGGCUUGGGAAAACUUCUAUGGUUAUACUGCUGCUGAAACUCUGGGAAAAGCUAUUACCGACCUUGUAAUCGAACCUAAAGAUGUCUCAAUAGCUUUGGAUGUUCUACGAGAAAUGAUGAAGGGGGAGAGCUGGAGUGGGGAGUUUCCUGUUAGGAAUAAGCGAGGGGAAAGGUUUCUCGUUUUUGGUUCCAAUAGACCCUUUCAUGAUGAAAAUGGAACAAUCAUUGGGAUUAUAUGUGUAUCGACUGCUCCACGCCCGUAUCAAGAAUCGAGUGUUGCUCCGGCCGAGAGGAUUGCUUCCAAGAAACAUGGACUUAAUACUCAACAAGGUUUUCAAACUGCAAUCGCCUCAAAGAUUUCAGAUUCAGUUAAUAUUUCCUGUUACCCUUUUGCCUGUUUUGCUGUUUUUAUUCAAGUCAAGUGUUUAGGUCCCGUUUGGUUUGCAAGAAUGGAAAGGAUUUGGAAUUCCAAUCCGUGUUUGAUUUGCAAGAUUGCUAGGAUUUCUUUGAAAUCCAUCAAACAUACGUUAUCUACAAGAGCUAAAUGGAUGGGUAAAUAUGGAAUUGCAUGGCCAUGGAAAGGAAAUGGAAGAGGAGGUCAUUUUUGUUGGCAUUGGUUAUAUGAUGAUCAAGAAGAUGAGUAUGGUCUACAAUCGAGUUCUGGUCAACCACGGGUAAAUACAAAUUAUGCUGCUGGUAAUGAUAAUAAGGCUUUAGGGACGUGGUCUUCUUCGUUUUAUAAUGCAGACCUGGACAAUUGCAGCAAAGAUUAUGAAAUCAAAUGGGAGGACUUGAUGAUUAAAGAACAGAUCGGGCGAGGUUCAAGUGGGACUGUAUAUCAUGCAGUGUGGUAUGGAUCAGAUGUUGCUCUCAAAUUAUUUUCCAAACAAGAAUACUCGCAUGAUUUGAUCCUAUCCUUUAGGCAGGAGGUAUCUCUCAUGAAAAGGCUUCGGCAUCCAAAUAUUUUGCUCUUCAUGGGUACUGUGAUUUCGUCUCAGCGUCUAUGCAUUGUUACCGAGUUCCUUCACCGUGGAAGUUUGUUCCAGUUACUUCACCAGAAUACUACAGGCAGAUUAGAUUGGAGGCGUCGUGUUCAUAUGGCCAUGGAUAUAGCACGAGGCAUGAAUUAUCUUCAUCGUUGCCACCCGUUCACCAUCCACUGUGAUUUGAAGUCUUCAAAUCUUCUUGUGGAUAAGAACUGGAGAGUGAAGGUUGGUGGCUUUGAUCUAUGCUGUAUCAAGCAUCAAACUUACCUGGCAGCAAAGAAAGGGAAAGCAGAUGAAAAGUCUGAUGUAUACAGUUACGGUGUGGUACUUCAGGAAAUGACCACAGAGAAGAUCUCUUGGGAUGGUGUAAACUCAACACAGGUUAUGGAAGCUGUAGGGUUGAUGAAUCAACGACUAGAUAUUCCAGAAGAUGUGGAUAAACGGUGGGCUUCUCUUGUUAAAAGCUGUUUGUGCAGUGAACCAGAUUCCAGACCAACAUUCCGAGAAAUACUAGAUGACCUAAAAGUCCUGCAGAAAAAGUUGCCACCAAAACAACUUCUCUCUUAG